AUGCCCCUGGUAGGGCCUCCCAUGGCAGACAGGUCUCAGGUGACGAGUCAGACAAAGAGCAGUCCAGAAGACACCAUGGACAGCACUAACACAAAAACAGUGACGUCGCCCGGCAUGGCGCAGCCGGGGCCCCACCCUGGAGCCAGGCCUGGGGUCGGGGCCCGUAUGCGAGCGCCUGGUGGCCGGGCCUUAGCCCACGGGGCCCGGCCGGGCUCAGCCCGAAGGGAUGACGUGGGCAGUCCCUCCUGUGGGCCCACCACCUGCAGAGGGGUCCGUGGUGAAGCGGUGCAGAGAGGACUGGGCGGCAGUCGAAGGCGGAGACCUCGGCGACCCAGUCCGCACACACAACAUCUGGCUCUUGGGACGUGGAACGUCACCUCACUGGGGGGGAAGGAGCCCGAGCUCGUGGGGGAGGUUGAGCGAUACCGACUAGAGAUAGUCGGCCUCACCUCCACACACAGCUUGGGCUCUGGAACCCAACUCCUUGAGAGGGGUUGGACGCUCCACUUUUCUGGAGUUUCCCGCGGGGAGAGGCGGCGAGCUGGGGUGGCCAUUCUCAUUGCCCCCCAUCUCAGCCGCCACGUGUUGGAGUUCUCCCCGGUGAAUGAGAGGGUCGCGUCCCUCCGCCUCCGGGUGGGGGACAAGUCUCUCAUUGUUGUGACGGCCUACGGGCCUAACAGCAGUUUAGAGUACCCGGCCUUCUUGGAGUCCUUGGGAGGGGUACUGGACGGUGCACCGCCCGGGGACUCCGUUAUUCUCCUGGGGGACUUCAACGCCCAUGUGGGAAACGCCAGUGACACUUGGAGAGGGGUGAUCGGGAAGAGCGGCCCCCCUGAUCUGAACCCGAGCGGUGCUCAGUUGUUGGACUUCUGUGCCAGUCGCGGUUUGUCCAUCACGAACACCAUGUUCGAGCACAAGGGUGUCCACCAGUGCACGUGGCACCAGGACACCCUAGGCCGGAGGUCGAUGAUCGACUUUGUUGUCGUAUCAUCUGACCUUCGACCGCGUGUCUCGGACACUCGGGUAAAGAGAGGGGCGGAGCUGUCAACCGAUCAUCACCUGGUCGUGAGUUGGAUCCGCUGGCAGGGGAAGAAGCCGGUCAGACCUGGCAGACCCAAGCGUAUAGUGAGGGUCUGCUGGGAACGUCUCGCUGAGCCCCCUGUCAGACGGACUUUCAACUCACACCUCCGGGAGAGCUUCUCCCAGGUCCCGGCGGAGGAGGGGGACAUGGAGUCCGAGUGGACCAUGUUCUCUGCCUCAAUCGCCGAUGCGGCGGCUCGUAGCUGUGGUCGCAAGGUCUCUGGUGCUGGUCCCGGCGGCAACCCCCGAACCCGGUGGUGGACACCGGCAGUAAGGGAUGCUGUCAGGCUGAAGAAGGAGUCCUAUCGAGCCAUGAUGGUUCGGGGGACUCCUGAGGCAGCUGUCCAGUACCGGCAGGCCAAGCGUGCCGCGGCCCGGGCUGUUGCAGAGGCAAAAACCCGGGACUGGGAGGAGUUCGGAGAGUCCAUGGAGCAUGACUAUCGGUCGGCCUCGAAGAGAUUCUGGCAAACCAUCCGGCGCCUCAGGAGGGCGAAGCAGUUCUUUGCCAACACCAUGUACGGUGCGGGUGGAGAGCUGCUGACCUCGACUGGGGAUAUUGUCGGGCGGUGGAAGGAAUACUUUGAGGUUCUCCUCAAUCCCCCCGUCACGUCCUCUGUUACAGAGGCAGAGGCUGAGGAUGUUGGGGCGGGUACAUCCAUCUCCCUGGCUGAGGUCACCAAGGUGGUUGGUAGCCUCCAUGGUGGCAAGGCUCCGGGUGUGGAUGAGAUCCGCCCUGAUUAUCUAAAGUCUCUGGAUGUUGCAGGACUGUCUUGGCUGACACGUCUCUGCAACAUCGCGUGGCGAUCGGGGGCAGUGCCAAUGGAGUGGCAGACCGGGGUGGUGGUCCCUCUCUACAAGAAGGGGGACCGGAGGGUGUGUUCCAAUUAUCGUGGGAUCACACUCCUCAGCCUCCCCGGUAAGGUCUACUCCAAGGUACUGGAAAGGAGGUUACGGCCGAUGGUCGAAUCUCGGAUCCAGGAGGAGCAGUGUGGUUUUCGUCCCGGUCGCGGAACACUGGACCAGCUCUAUACUCUCCAUCGGAUACUCGAGGGUUCAUGGGAGUUCGCCCAACCUGUCCACAUGUGCUUUGUGGAUUUGGAGAAGGCGUUCGACUGUGUUCCCCGGGAUGUCCUUUGGGGGGUUCUCCGGGAGUACGGGGUCGGAGGUCCUCUGCUGAGGGCCAUCCGAUCCCUGUAUGACCGGAACCAGAGCUGUGUUCGCAUUGCCGGCAGUAAGUCAGACCUGUUCCCGAAUAUCUAG